AUGUGGCUAUCACGGCCGCCAAUCCGGCGCAUAGCAACUUUGGCUGCCCUUGUUGCCUCGCUGCCGACUACGUCAGCCUGGCCGACCUUUCCCUUUCUUCAUCCUCGCGAACUAGUCGAUGGGUUGGCCGACGAAGUCGCCGCGGACGUCGCAACCAGUGUGGUCCGCGUCGAAACCACAGCCGCGAACGACAACGACGCGGGUAUCUACGCACCAGCACCGACACCUGCAACUGCAACCGCACCCACCCAUAUCAACCUAUACACUCCAGCGCCGACACCUGCUGCCGACCCAACUGAAGCCACCGUCAGCGUCGGUUGGGAGAACACGCAUGUGUCGGCAGGGAUCGGUGUGCUGGACGGUGUGCAGCCGGGGUCCAACAGCCUGAACCCCGGCUUCAACGUAUUAUGCUCAACCUUCACGAUAUUCACUGCUGUCACCGUCACCACCGUCUGGACCGAGACAAUUCUCGUUCCCACAGUCUGCCCAACGGCACCAACGAAAACGACAACCUCCCCAGGAAAGGGCAUCACCGUCACCGUGCUGGACAUCAAGCUAGGUAUCAGCGGGCUCACUGCGACGGCUGAUGUUGAAGUCGCUGCGAAGCGGCGGCGCUGGGGUAUGCCGCGCCUGCCGCUGUUCAAUUGGCAAACAACAGGUACGGUGUCCGGUCUUGGAUAUACCACAGAAACCGAGCGUACCCUUACGACAGCAUCGCAGCCAAGCAGCCCCGUGCCUUUGAGCAGUUCGGUGGACAGCAUGAGUAGCAGUGGCGCGACGGCUCCACCCUCAACAUCAGCUGGACCUCCGACUCCAUCUACACCGGCCUGGACGUGGCACAGCACAGGACAUGCUUGCGAGACCAACUCGACGACUGUAUUGACUUCUACGUGUAUCUCGUUUGACCCAAUGGUCACUUCGGAGUGCAUCACUCUGAUUGCGACGACACCCACCGGGCUUCCGACUUCGACGACAUCGUCGUCAUCAGUCGAGCCUUCCUCGAGCAGUUUUGCAUUGACGUCAAGUCCGCAAGAAAGCCUUUCGUCCUCGACUUCGUCCAAAUCGAUUACGACGCCACCGACUACCUCGUCGCCGAAGACAACAUCAACGUCCCAGAGAUCUACAACACCUGAGACUACAUCAACACCUAGUACAGAGUCUCCUCCCAACACUACGCCAACUCCUGAGAACAGUUCGACUCCCCAGGCGACUUCUUCUCCUAAGCCAACAUCAUCCCCAAAACCGACAACUUCUCCUAACCCUACCACUUCACCAAAUUCUACAUCAUCACCGAACCCUACGACUUCUCCCAACCCAACAUCUCCUAGCGCUACGACGAGCCCUAGCACCUCACCAAACACAACACCCAGGACGACUCCCAAUGCGACUCCCAGUACAACGCCUAAUACCUCGCCUAAUAUCUCGCCUAAUACCUCACCUACCACGUCGCCAAACAUCUCACCUAACUCCUCACCUAACUCCUCACCUAACUCCUCACCUAACUUCUCACCUAACUCCUCGCCCAGCUCCUCGACCAACUCCUCACCUAACACUUCUCCCAGCCCUGCCCCUGCUGUGUCGAAUGCCUCGCCCGUAUCCCAGGCUGCCUCACAAGCAUCGAGUACUGCGGCUGCUGUAGCACCUACGGCUAAUACUGCUACUAGCCCGGCUGCCCCGAAUGUUGCCUCCAACUCACCAGUAGGCUCAGCCUCAGGAAACAACGGCGGCACCAGUGGUAGCAACUCCGGUGUUGGCUCAGGAGACAGCUCAGGUGGCAGCACCGGGAGUGGGUCUGGAGGCGGUUCUGGCUCCGGCUCAGGUUCUGGCUCCGGCUCAGGUUCCGGCUCAGGCUCAGGUUCCGGCUCAGGUUCUGGCUCUGGCUCCGGGUCGGGUGGCGGUGGUGCGGCGACACUAUCUACUGCUGCCUCCUUGGAUGAUGCGCUGAUCUUUGCAGGCUGUGGCAACUUUUUGGAUUUUCUCAAGUCCGACCCUGGUCUCUGGGCACUGUACAGCUCUGCGUCUGUACAGACCAUCUUUGCUGUUGGCGACAAGUACUUCAACGGCACUAUGCCCACGUCACAAACCCCAGCAGUCAACCUGCACCGUCGCACGCUCUCGCCCGCUGACGUUCAGAGAGCCCAGCUGGCGGCCGGCAAAGAAGAGACGAAUCUCGCACGUCUGCGCGCGAUCCCUGGUGCCACAAUCUCGACCAACGACGCGGCCGCUGAUCUCCAUGGCUCGACCCAGGUGGUAGUGUCCGAUUACCGCCGGCUCAACGCCCAAAACUCCCUCCACGCCCGCGACAACAGUUCGGUCAGCACCAACACGACUUCAACCAACGCCACUGUUAUCCUCUACUCGGGCCUUGGCGAAUCCGUCUCGCUCUACAACCCCGACAUCUACUAUGCCGGUGGUGUCAUCCAGGUGCUUGACGGGUUCUUCACCAUUCCGGCCACGCUGUCGCAGACAGACGAUAUCCUGGGCUACUCCCAGUUUGCCAACCUCGUUGACACGGCCGGCCUCACCGAUACUCUUGACAACACCUCGUCCAUCACUGUCUUUGUGCCAAACAACGCCGCGGUGCAGUCGGCGCAGCUGUCGGCCUCGCUGUCGGCCUCGGACAUCCAGAAUAUUGUUGAGGACCAUGUUGUGGUCGCCGGUGAUAAUGACACUGUCGGCUAUCUGCCGAAUCUCAGUGACGGGCAGGUGCUGACAACCAAGAAUGGCAAGAAGCUCACCAUUGCCGUCGACCGUAACAACAACUACUAUGUCAACGGCGUACUCAUCACCACAUCCAACAUUGUCCUGACCAAUGGUGUGGCCCACAUUGUCGAUGAUAUUCUCGUGGCGUCGGCGUCCUCGGCCGCCGGCUGGUCGCUACAGCGCGGUGCCAACACGUACGUGGCCGUUGGUGUGGCCAUGUCCACCAUCGUCUUCAGCCUUGUGGUCUUAUAA